GGGGAAUGGCUUGCCCAUCGACAGACACCAAAUCUAGAUGUUCAGCGUGAGCCAGUCAGCGACCGAGCAGCAAUGAGUGUGCUCAUUCCGCCGCGCGUGGAUUUUGUGGAGCUGAGGGCUUGUUUUGGAUUAGCCUCUUCUUCUCUAUAACCUCGCAGCGCUGCAGGAAUCGCCCUCGCCAGGCCAUCUGGCCUGAACAUGACCUGAGGUAACAAGCGUCAGAUUUGGAUCACCUUCUGUCGACACUGCAGCGCACCUCAGCGCAGGAGAGGAGAGGAGUGGAGACGACGGUGGUGGGCAGGGUGGGGUGCGGAGGCCGAGUGUGCUAGCGCUAGUGCAUGUGGAGAUUAUAACAUCACAGCAGUGGAGCACGGCGUGUGGAGCUGAGUUGUAGAGUUGUGGCUUCAGGGUUCUCUUCGAGGUUCGCCUCUGUGUCUCCCGUGGCUGGGUUGGGUGGGUGGGGUGCCCAAAGCAGAGCGAGAGAGAGCUCGAGGGUUGAAGCAGCAUCGAAGGAAGAAGAGCGAAGGAGACGGAGGGACUGUGGGAGCAGCGGCCGGUUGUGGUCUGAUCGAUGGGCAAGAUGUUGGUUUGUGUGAUUACUCCGUCUGGGGCUCAGACAUGAUGUGCGAUGUUUUCAAGCUUCGGAUCUCUUUGUUAAUUUUUAGUGUGCGACGACGGGGCUUCUAGAGGAGGGAGUUCGUGGCAGCAGGUGUAGCUCAGACGCAUACAGAUGGCGGUACGCAUGGUUUUCCACGGGACUCUGUGUCAACGAUUGCCGCUUGCUUCCGUCGGGUCGCCGCUUCAAGUCUCUGAUGAUGUUCAAAGUGUGGGGCGGUCUUCGGUGUGCCUAACAGGGGCUAUUAAGAAUACUCGUCGACACGCUGGGUCGGUCAGGUCCCCCUCCGUCCUGCUUAGAAGAUCUAAGGGCGUCCAACAGCUCUCAUGGCUUAAGUCGGAAUUCAAUGGUCCUCUUCCUGUACGAGGGUUGCAGUCGAAGGCCAAUGUCCGAGGGUUUUCUAGAAACUCUGAGACAAUUGCCUCCAGCAGCGGAGCAGUGAACGAAUCUAGCUCCCCUGAAAGCUCGCAUGCGUCUGGGGGCGACGAUGGUGACAGAAAGUUCGCCUGGCUGGAAACUCUGGGCAAGACCGCGCUGCCAGUAGCUAUCUUGGCCGUGGGAAUACUGUUGCGCACACGACCAAGUCUUGCCCUUGCGAGCAAUGCGUUGCAGGAAGCAGCCGUCGGCCCUGCCCGGAAGCAGCUUCUUGCCAGUGCCUGGACUGGGCUGGCAGCAGGGUGCCUCCACACUCUGACCGGGCCUGACCAUCUUGCAGCUCUGGCCCCCUUGAGCAUUGGACGCUCGAAAUUGGAGAGCGCUGCCGUGGGAGCGUUGUGGGGUUGUGGCCAUGAUGCCGGCCAAGUGUUGUUUGGUAUCGUGUUUUUGCUGUUGAAGGACAAGUUGCACCUCGACCUCAUUCGCACAUGGGCUUCUCGUGUGGUCGGUUUGACAUUGAUAACCAUCGGAGGAAUCGGGAUCAUGGAGUCUCAAGAAAUGCACGUAGCUUUGGUGGACGGAGGAGGUGAUGACAACAUUGCGCAGAGUGAGACCAGGGUCAAACCACGUCGAAACGUAGCGACCUUUGCCACCGGCGUUGUCCAUGGCCUGCAACCUGAUGCUUUACUGAUGGUUCUGCCUGCAUUGGCUCUCCCCUCCCGUGUCCUCGGAGCUGCAUACCUGGGUAUGUUUUUGGUGGGAACCGUGAUUGCCAUGGGCAGCUACACAUUCUUCAUUGCCUCCUGCAGUCAGGCAUUACAAAAGAAGGUACCAGGAAUAACCAAAAACCUCACCUUCGGCUCUUCCUGUAUCGCCAUACUUUUGGGGUCAGUGUUCAUUCUCGGAGAGUUUUUGGGCAUGAGCCUCUUCGGCGGCUGAUCACCGAGCACGCUGCAAACUGUCAAAUGAGCCAACUUCUGUGCCUGAAGCACUCUCUGGAGCUUGUCACCACGCCAGCCCUCCGGUACAUUAUUACUCGACAACCUGAACAAUGUCGGAAGAAACAGAGGAGGGACGGCUGACUGAAAACGCCCCAUCAGGUUCAUCGAAACUGCCCGAUUGGUAUGCUGUUGAACCUUAAAAGUCUCAGAGUUGCACUCACCGUAGAUGAAGGCCGUGAGGAGUCGUGAACCCCGAAUGCAAAACCUGAUUAAAUUCACUUCCAGAUUGGAGGGUGCUUCCUUGAAUUUGAGACCCAAGAGCGAUACUUGCCAGGCUGAUAGAAGAGUAUUGGUGUCUGUAUGGUGGUUCGAUGUUGCCAGGGAUUGUAGGGAAGCUCUAGCCUGGGUUACCACGUUUCAGAUACUGUAAAAUUUUGCUAGAUAAAAGCCGCCGACUAUAGAGAGCGGAGAAUGAUUGGUGCUGCGCCUGCUCUGACCCGAGAAAACUGGAAAGAUUCCGUUCACUUAUCUAUGAUUAUUAUCUUUAUGCCACAUUGACGGCGGCCGAGGUUUACAUCUUGAGUGGAAAGAAGAUUUUCUCAUUGUAGAGGUUGUUAUGUGGUCAUUCAGGCAGAUCUUUUGUUGCCGAAGGUGUAUAAUGUCACAUUAAUACAUGUCUUUGAAUUGCCA